GAACAGAUAACAUAACAGGAGCACACAAAUUAGAUCGUUUACCACAAGGAAUGCAAUCGAGGCGUUGAAAACAGCCAGAGAAGAGCCCAAAUCAAUGACGUUGAUGGCGUUGACCGGCAAGGAACGUCGUCAUGGAAUAAUCCAUGCUGUCAGGACUUUAUAACAAUAUUGAAAUAGUAGAUAUUGAUAUGAAAUGAAUUUCCGCGGACCUGAAACGAAGGUGGAAGAUAUUGGCGAGGCGAAGGAAAGUAGUCGAAGUGGAAGCGAAGAUAUCCCCGCAUAUCCACGGGACCCACCGCGGGGAAUGGGCACGCCAUAGAAUGGGGAAUGUUGUCAAUCCACCCCAUUAUUAAUGUUACAUUCCUCAUCCAUCGUACUCUCCCUGCAUCCGUCACCUGCCUCUCAUCAACUCAACAACCAUGUCCAACCUCCAAAUCCCCAAUCUCUUCUCCGUCCAAGGACUCGUCGUCGUCAUCACCGGCGGAGGAAGCGGACUCGGCCGCACAGCCGCCCACGCCCUCACAGAGAAUGGAGCCGCCAAAGUAUUCAUCCUCGGCCGACGCAUCGAAGCCCUGCACGAAACCGCCAAGCAGGCCCCCCAGACGAUCAUUCCCGUCCAAGCGGACAUCACAUCCAAAGAGUCGCUGACGGCAGCGUACGAGACGAUCGCCGCGCAGACCACGCACGUCGACCUCCUCUUCGCCAACAGCGGCACGAUCGGCCCGCGGGCGACCCCGCCCACGCCGCCGGCGACGCUCGCCGACCUGCGCGAGCAGCUGUGGGCCAUCGACCCGCAGGAGUUCACCCGCACGUUCGACAUCAACGUCACGGGCUCGUACUACACCGUGCUGGCGUUCUUGCCGCUGCUCGAGGCGGCGAAUAAGCGGCGCCCGGCACCUAUCAAGAACCGCGUGUCGGCGCCGACGGCGCAGGUGGUCAUUACGAGCUCCAUUGCCGGGUUUAUCCGGAAGGUGCCGUUUAGCGUGUCGUAUAACUUGUCCAAGUCGACGGUGAAUCAGCUGGUGAAGGUGUUGGCGACUACGCUGGCACCGUUUGAUAUCCGGGUGAAUGGGAUCGCGCCGGGCUUGUAUCGGUCGGAUAUGUCGGCGGGGAAUUUCCCGGAGGAUGAUAAGGGGGUGUCGGAUGGGUCGUUUAGUCGGGAGAUGAUCCCGUUGACUCGGGCUGGUGGGGAGGAGGACUUUGCGUCGUUGAUUCUGUGGUUGGCCGGUCCGUCCGGGGCGUACUUGAAUGGGAAUAUCACGGUGACGGACGGGGGACGGAUGGCUAUGCAGCCGAAUACUUAUUAG